GCGGGCAGGGGUAGCGCCAGCGGUGUAGACCGACGACGAAUUGCAAUACGUGGCACAGGAAUCUGGGUGAGAAAUGCAGAUGGUAGGGGAGUUACAACGUGGAGCAUAUCGACUACAGGAUAUGCUCGGGGACAAUGAAGAUGAAGUCUCACUUACAGAAGAUGCUGAAGGUGAGCAAGAUGAUGAUUGUGAUGUGCUCCACUAUUAUACAAAUAUCGGCGCUAUGUGUGAGAUCUUGGAAUCUGAAACAGAGACGAGUUGUGCUGUUGUUGUGCGUGAGUGUGAUGAGUAUGAGAGGGGAGGAGAAGAAAGGUGGGUUAACUUGAUGGCACUCUCUUACCAGGUUGAGGUUGAGAGUGCAGUUGGCGGUGGAGAGAGGGAAUAUGCUGCUGAUGACGCAGCUGAGUGGGAGGUUAGGGAUGAGAGUGCAGUUGGCGAUGGGGAGGGGGAAUACGCCACUGAUGACGAAGGUGAGUGGGAAGGGGAGUGGGGGCUAUUGGCAACGGUGGAAAUGGUGGCAGAGGCAGCGGUGACGGCAACAGCAACAACGACAACAUUAACAACAACAAUAAUGGAGGUGGAGCAGGGGUCGGCAGUGGAGCGGCAAGGAAUGGGCGGGAUUGGCGAGAAGGGUGGGUUGGUUGACAACAACAAUGACAAUAACAACAAUAGCAACUUUAACAAUGGCAGCGAGCGGCGAAUGGGCGAACUGGGACAGGAGAGAGAACAGAGAUGCCCUUGUGGGAAGAAGCAGCAAGGAGUCUGUGAUCGUAACCAGCUUGAGGGAAGAAAGCUGCAGAGCAUCUGCCAGUGCAGGUCCAGCGAGCGGCUCGUCGAAAGUGGCUGGCCAUCGCAACGAAUCGCAGUCGGGGUCGAGAUCGAGAUCAUCUGCAACGUCAGAGGGGGUCCGGGUGGGGGUUGCUUGGGACAGGGACUGUUACAGCCGUGCAGGGGUUCGCCUGAGGUAACUGUCCAACCUGGAGGACUCUCGGGCAGCGGUAGCCUUUUAGAAGAGAGGAAGGGAGGUCUGGAUCUCAACAGGAGAUCUAGUCCGGCUGCUGGGAGCCCACGCGGCAGCCCAGGAAGAGGCGGAUCAUGUCCACAAGAGCGUCCAUUCAUCGACUACCUUGGCGGAUCGGGCAACUGCGAUGCGGGAAGAAAGAACGAUCAUUGGAGGAGAGAUAGUCUGACGGGCACAACUUCUGUUUCCGUUUCAACUGAGAGACAAAUGGCGACUUCUGUCAAAAUCUUCGGGGUGGAGGUUGGGGCGCACGGCACGCAACAUGCUGUAGGGUGCUUCUCGCAAGGCUCAGUCGAGGCUUUUCCGUUGGAUAGAGGGCGGCAACAGUCGCACGUUUUAGGCACUGGGGGAGGGGGCGGGGGGGGAGGAGGAGCGGGAGGAGCAGGAGGAGCAGCAGGAGGAGGAGCGGGCUCGUAUCAAAGACGGAUGGAUGACGUCGAUUCCGAGCUGUCAUUAGGCAGUCACGGUAGGAUAAUCCAGAACCAUACAUCAUCGUGCCCGGUUGGGAGCUGUAUCCCUUCGCUGGGGCCAGCUCAGACAAGGGCCGCCCGGAGCACCCUCCCGGGCCCUGCCCAUUUGUCACCGGGAGGGGAGAAAACUGCAGACGGCAGUCACAAUGAGGAGUCGUCGUCCUCGAUAUCGCCCAACCAUGGGGUCUCCUUAUCUCAGGACACGGGUAUUCAACGACCGGGAGAAUCGGAGUGGAUGGCCACCUCUUCCGCUAGCGGGGGUGCUGUGGAACCGCGCAGUUAUUCCUGCGGCUAUUGCACGCGUCGGUUCACGUCUUCGCAGGCUCUUGGGGGUCAUCAAAACGCGCACAAGAGACAGCGCGCCCAGCUGAGGCGCCAAAAUCUCCAGAGGCAGGGUGGCUGCUCAUCCAGCUUCCGAGACGCAGGGCCUGCUUCCAGGGCGAGCACAGUUGGCGACUACGGGCACAUGAACCAGCCGCCACUUCCUUGUCACAAUUCCGCCCUUUAUGGGGGUGCUAUGCGGUCCUCAUCAGUGAUCGGUGGCGUCCAUCCGGUAGCCGCUGCUGCUGCUGCCGCCGCCGCCGCCGCAGCUCAUGUCAACCCUCCUCGUAUGCAAUACCCUUACUAUAACCAUCAUACUCUCGGGGGUGCCAAUGCGACUCCAGGUAGCAGACUGCCUGGACCACCUCCUAAUCCGCCGCAAUCUGCCACUGCCGCGUGGACCCACCAGUACUCGUAUUCUUACCCCUCCUCUCACAGCAUUCAGCAACAGCUUGACAAUGGGACGCAACACCGCGCAUCUGAUGGUCAUCACCCAAUGCAUGCCAUGCCUGCGGGAAGGGGGUUAUCGGGAAGGGGAGAUGUUGGUAAUCGACCGCACUCCUGGAAUUGAACAGACUGCCUCAAUUCUUUCUUUUGUCCAGUUUGAAAUUCGACUUUCUCCAUUUUGCUUCCUUUGCUCCUUCAACCGCCUGCCACUGCGUGUCAUAUUGCUCGACACGUCCCCACAAGGAGUGAGCAGAAGUCACAUCUUGAGCCAAGGGAAGGGAUAAGAGGGUUACAUAACAUUGUGUGCUUAUCUCGGAAACCGUCGACUGCUACCUACCGCCCAGAGGGUCCGACCCCGUGUAUAUUUUUUACCCCUGUGCAGAUGAUCGAUCUGCAAGCAGUGAGGGGAAACGAAAAUAUCGUUCAAGGAGGGCUUUUGUGGAAUUUGUGCAGAAAGGAAUACCCGUAGUGAAAUUGCGUUACCUUCGAGGAUUUCUCCAACUUGGAACUGGAGAAAAUUUUGGCCACGUGAUAACCAAAAAUCCUGUUUGUUUGUUUCAUGCCUGUUACUUUGUAGCAGGGCUUGCACAUGAAUUCUUAAUUUUUCGUGGUUUGCUUUGCAGAGUAGUGCCCUGGACGAAUCUUGUCAGACUCGGAGGUACUAGGAGACUCAGGAGGCUGGGAGAUAGCCAGUGAAUCUUACAGGUGAAAGUAGAUCGUAGCUGUAUGAAAAUAGCAGUGGAGCACAGAUAAAAUUAGAAGC